AUGCGUGUCUUGACUGCAUUGAUAAUUUUCCUUCUGGUUCUACAAGGAAUAUUCGCUGACAAUUGUGAAUGUAGUUGUUGUACAUCAGCUAAUUGUGAACCUCAAGUAGUAGGAUCUUUUUAUACAUGGUAUUGUGACCCUCAAACAUGUGUAUCACAACAUUGUAUUGAUCGUUAUCAUGCUCAAUGUCCACCAGGUGGUGCUAAUGGAAAAAUAACAACAAGAUGUAGUGGUACUGAACGAUUACUAUCACCAUUAUUUAUUAUAAUUGGUAUUACUUCUAUUAUUUUAAUGAUUAAAAACAAGUUUUAA